AUGACUUCGUCCAACGCCGGCCAGAACGGCCAGGCGCCCGUGCCGACCACGCCGCCCCCAAAGAACAAGACGUCGCCAGCCUCCGCUCGACACAAUCCCGACGACAACAACGCGACCAAGACCGACCAGCCGCGCGCCGAUGCAUCCACCGCCGCUGAGAACACCAAGAACGACACGUCUACCAACCGUCACACCACUCCCGUCGCCGUCGAUACCGUCAUGACCGAUGCCGACGCCGCGACCACCGCGAUCACGACCGCCCUCCCCGCAGCAUCGCAGCCCGCUCCAGCCGCCCCGAUGGAUGCCGAUCCCUUCAACUCCUCCUUCCCCCAUACCCCAAUGCCCAACAUGGACCACGCCUACAUGAUGAUGGCUCUCGCGCAUAUGGCAAACAACCAGAUACCCAACCAGAUGUCGCCACCUCCGACUGUCACGCCAGCCCAGGUCACGCUCCCGACCAUGAGCAAUGGCAACGACCCGCUCGUCGCAAGCACCCAGAACCUCGCGGCCGCCACACAAGGCCUGGAGUCCUUUGCGCGAAUAGAAUUCGCCGACAGUGUCUUCCAGAUGACCACUUACGCCGUCAUCAUCGGCCGUGAUCAGAAGGCCAUGAUCCAGGCGCGACGGGACGAGAAGCGCAAUGCCGAACAUCGGAGAAGAGUUGAGGAGUACGAGGCUCUGGGACUGCCGCCCCCCUCUCCUGUCAGGAAUGACCGCAUCAAGUUCAGCAAAUCGUACGUCAGUGAAGAAGGAGGCAUGUUGGGACCCGAGUCCGACAGUGAGGAAUCCGGGCGGCCAGCGAAGCGACGUAAGACCACUAGUACUGGAUCGUCGCAAAGACCCGAAGAGGAAGAAGCACAGGAGAACCUCAUAUCCAACAGACAGUACGUAUCGCACACACCGGGCGCCGCUGCUGUCGACCUCGCAUCUCUGCGGCCCUCUCCUCACCACGUUCCGCUGGUCGGCAUCCAUUCACCCGGACCCGACAUCGCGACCAAGACCAAGGCCAUCUCAAGAGAACAUCUCAAGAUCCAGUUCAAUCGUGCUGAGUGCGUGUUUGAGGCUAUUCCAUUACACAAGAAUGGCUUCUUUUGCGAAGAUGUUCACCACAAAGACGGAGUAGUCGUGCUUCGGAGCGGCGCCCACUUGCAGAUCAAGGAUGUCGACUUUCGCUUCGUCAUCAAUGGUGUCCCUGAAGGCCGCACUGGCGCGGAAGACUUCGCAGAGGAUAAGGACAAUCUGAAGAAGAGCGGCAGAGCCCAGGGUGGCAAAGAGAUGAGCUUCGAGUUCGAGGCCUCACAUGGAAAUGGCGAGCUGAACGACUCUAGCGACUCGUCGCUCAGUCCCCCAGCACCGUCCGAAGAUGAAGAAUCAGAUGCGGACGUCGAUGCAGAAGCUGAAGCCGAUGCAGAAGCCGAAGCAGAUGCAGAUGCAGAUGCAGAAGCCGAGGCCGAAGACGAAGCCCUCGCAGAAGCAGAUGCUCAGGCUGACGAGGAAGAGGAGGAAGUGGAAGAUGUUGAGCCUAGCACAGAAGUUAAGGCAGAGGAGCCCGAAUUGGGCCACUCAUUACAGCAGCCAUUACCACUGCUUAUUCCAAAGAAAAGGGGGCCUGGCAGACCGCCAAAGAACGGUUUCAUGUCCAAGCGCGAGCAGCGGUUGCUUAAGAAGCAACAGCAAGAGAUGGCCAAGAAGACGCUACCACAACCACCUCCCGGCGAGCCUCCAAUCAAGAGGAAGGUCGGACGUCCAAGAAAGCAUCCGCUCCCUGAAGAAGGGGGUGACCGACCAGAGAAGCGCAAAUACAAGCCACGGAAGCCGAAGGGAGAAGACGGCGCAGAGGGAUCAGACGCAGAGCGACGGGCCAAAGAGAAGAAGGAGAAGAAGGUCCGGCCGAAGUCGCCUCCCUUGGAGCUCAAGAUUGAAGACUACACAGAGGAACAGCUUCAGAAGCCCAACAAAAACUACGGAGUUCUCAUUGACGAAACUCUGACUGCGGCGGGACCUGACGGUCUUACACUGAAGCAGAUCUACAAGCGAAUCACGCAAAGAUACCCCUGGUUCUACUUCCACACAGAGACAAAAGGUUGGGAAUCCAGUGUACGGCACAACCUCAUCGGGAACGAGGCAUUCAAAAAGGACGACACCACCGGACUCUGGUCGCGUGUGCCUGGUGUGGAGCUUGAUGCCGGCAAGAAGCGGAAGGCCUCAUCGCCGGAUCGCUCGAUGAGUGCCGGUUAUGGCCAUUACAACCACCACCCAACGUACGCUCAAUAUGCCCAGCAGCAGCAACAGCAAUAUCAGCAGCAGCAGCAGCCUCAGCAGCCGCAACCGCAGCAACCACAACCUCAACCGCAGCAGCAACAGGCGCAUAUGCCUCCAGCGUAUCAACAUCUUCCUCAUGCUUACCAUACGCAGGCAUAUGCGAGUCAACAAGCUCAAGCUGCUGCUGCUGCCGCCGCUGCUGCGCGAACACCUCAAUACUCUCCCCCAGCAACGACUCCAGCCCCUGGUCAACCAGCGCAACCCUCAGCAUCUCAACCUGUUGCGCCUGCAACGCUUCCCGGUUAUGGAGCUGCCGCCGCGAUUGCCCGACCUCAGGGCGUCGCCGGUAAGCAACCGACUUACAGUUCACCAUAUGCUUCGCGACCUCCUCCGACACAUACUGCUAUCAAAGCAGAAAACGGCACCACACCAUCAGCACCGCCAGUCACACAGCCUGCUCCGGCCGUCCCCCCUGGAGCUCACCCACCACCGAUACCCGCUGCUACACCGCAGCAAACCCGACCCACACCAACGCCUCCAGCACCAGCCGAGCCUCGUGCAGUCAUUCAACCUCGCCUAUUGUCUGCAGUCAAUGGCCUCAAAAACGGUUUGAUUGACAAUUUGAAGAAAGCGAAGAAUCCGAAGGCCGAAACGAUCGUCAUGUCUGCCCUCAAUCGGGUCUUGGGGCUCAAGAGUGCUGCCACAGAGAACCAAGCCAUGGAGGACAUUUGCAUGAAGGGCAUGCAAAAAAUUGUCGACGGCUUCUUAGCUCCAGGCAGCAGCACGCCUGGCUCUGGUGGCACACCACAGCCAAGUGGGUCCAACAGCGUCUUCGAGCCCAAAGUCUUCCAGUCCUUGCUUGGGUUUAAGAAUGUCUCGUCCAACGCCCUCAAGGUUAGAAUAGGAGAAGCCAAGGCUGAGGCAGUCACCCUGUCCGCCAUUGACCGAGUGCUCGGCCUAGCCGAUGCAAGUAUCGUGCCCCCAACCGCGGAAGCUACAGCGUCUGGCUCGCCGGCUGCAGGCUUGGAUGGGAUCGAAUCACACCUAAUUAACUCGGUGAAGCAGUUACUGCUAGGUCUAAAUCAGAAGUUGCAUGGAACAUAA